AGCCUCAGCCGGUUCAGGCCGAGCGGGAGGAGGCGGAGGCGGAGCGGGCGGAGGCGGGCGGCCGGCCAGGGAGGCGCGCGCCGGUCUCCUGCGUUCCGGCCUGGCCAUGGCAGCGGCGCCCCUGAAAGUGUGCAUCGUGGGCUCGGGGAACUGGGGUUCAGCUGUUGCAAAAAUAAUUGGUGAUAAUGUCAAGAAACUUCAGAAAUUUGCCUCCACGGUCAAGAUGUGGGUCUUUGAAGAAACGGUUAAUGGGAGAAAACUGACAGACAUCAUAAAUAAUGACCAUGAAAAUGUAAAAUAUCUCCCUGGACACAAGCUGCCAGAAAACGUGGUUGCCGUUGCGAACCUCGGCGAGGCCGUGCAGGACGCAGACCUGCUGGUGUUUGUCAUCCCCCACCAGUUCAUCCACCGGAUCUGUGAAGAGAUCACAGGGAGGGUGCCCAAGGAUGCGCUGGGCAUCACCCUCAUCAAGGGCAUAGACGAGGGUCCUGAGGGGCUGAAGCUCAUUUCUGACAUCAUCCGAGAGAAGAUGGGCAUUGACAUCAGCGUGUUGAUGGGAGCCAACAUUGCCAAUGAGGUGGCCGCUGGGAAGUUCUGCGAGACCACCAUCGGCAGCAAGGUAAUAGAGAACGGCCUUCUCUUCAAAGAACUUCUGCAGACUCCAAAUUUUCGAAUUACAGUGGUGGAUGACGCAGACACGGUUGAACUGUGCGGUGCUCUGAAGAACAUCGUGGCCGUGGGAGCCGGGUUCUGCGACGGCCUCCGCUGUGGCGACAACACCAAGGCCGCUGUCAUCCGCCUGGGGCUCAUGGAAAUGAUCGCCUUUGCCAGGAUCUUCUGCAAGGGCCAGGUGUCCACGGCCACCUUCCUGGAGAGCUGCGGCGUGGCUGAUCUGAUCACCACCUGCUAUGGGGGCCGGAACCGCAGGGUGGCCGAGGCCUUUGCCAGGACCGGAAAGACCAUCGAAGAAUUGGAGAAGGAGAUGCUGAAUGGGCAGAAGCUGCAAGGACCUCAGACUUCGGCCGAGGUGUACCGCAUACUCAAACAGAAGGGGCUGCUCGACAAGUUUCCGUUGUUCACUGCGGUGUACCAGAUCUGCUACGAAGGCAGGCCCGUUCAAGAGAUGUUGUCUUGUCUCCAGAGCCAUCCAGAGCAUAUAUAAAGUGAAUCUUGAAACCUGUCAGGGAAAGGCCUGCCUUUGCAGUCAUUUGGAUUCAGAUGGAAAACCGGGACUUGGCAACAAGAUGUUUGCUUGACCGUAAUCCCAUCAUGGAUGUGUAUGAAUUUUUACAGGUUCAUUUUUGAAUUGCGAGAUGAAGUUCAUUGGCUAAGAUGUUACUGGGCAACAUCUAGACGCACAUAUAUGAACGUGUGAGUGUGUGUUCCUUUUUCAUUCUGUGGAUAUUUCUAUGAACCAAAAUUAAAGGCCCUUUU